GUUACUGGGCCACAGAUAGCUUUUGAACUGUUCGUCGCGUGUUGUUGACUUAAGGUUGACGGAGAUAAAAACAAACAACUUGGGUCACGCAUAACAAUAUAAUACUCCCAACAAAUGUAAUACAUAUUCUAGCGCUUUCCGCGGACAGAAUCACAUGAGUCAUUUUUAAAGUAUGUUCACAUACGGUGGUGCGUGUGAAAAUAAAAGUUUCUGAAUUCCUAUAACCGAUUUGGUAACAUCUGUAGGUUUUUCGCAAAGAUGGAUGAGCCCAUGUUAUCGGAUUUGGAUAAAGCUCUGCAUGAGCUGGGAAUGCUAAGCACUGUUACAGAUAGUAGCAAAGAAUAUGCUAAGGAAAAGGCUCAGCGUCGUGAUUCGACGAAUCGACAAGCACUGAACGUUCUGCAUAUGAACACCCGAUACGUGACAGGUGUGAUAAUUGGUUCACGCAAAGGACCUAGUUUUCGGUACAAACCGUACCCAGCACCAAGUUUUGGACGUGAGGAAAGAGUUCGCACACGAAGUGAAAAUUCUGAUAGUGACCUCGAUCUUCUGCGUAGUACAACACCAAUUAUUAGUAGUACUGCGACGAUUAGCAGUAAUUUAUUUAAAUCUCGCUCCUUGGAAAGUUUGAAAGUUGCAGGGUCUGAUGAAGAUAUUGCUACUUCUGUACGAGAUUUAGAAUCAGUGUCAAAUAAAAUUCAGUACUUGCAAGUAACUGAAUAAGUGCUUAGUUUUGUGUUCUAGCCUGAUGAAAAUCAGGUAAUAGCAGUUUGUAUUGUGCACGUUGUCAGACAACGUUAAUAAUUGUUUAAGUCAUGGUGUGUGAAAUGUUUGGCUGUUCAGUGUCUGUACUAAGCUCUACGGUAUUGUCUGAACAGUUUGUUUCACCAUAUUGUGAUAGCAUUAGCCCAUAAGUGCACAUAUGAACUGAGUAUUUAUUAAUGUGUCUAAAUUAUUGUAAACUAAUAUGCCUUAUAUUGCAGCUAUAUAUCACGUAUUUUAUGUGGCAAGAAAAAGUAUAAACGUUUAUAUGUAUUAACAAAAUUGGUGAGAAGCUCAUUUAUAAAGAAAAUACUUUCUACCAAAGAAUGUAAUGUGAUUACAUUAUAUAAAAUAUUGGAUAAAUGUUAUCCUAGUUUCAUGUAUGAUGGUCUCAACAAAGUAUUCCUAUUCCUCUGACUGUAAUGUGCCCCUAUUUGUUUGUGAUCUAAGAUGAGAUCAUUAUAGUGUCAUUCUCAUGUUAAAAUAGUUUGACCAUUAACAGAAUCAGAAAUAUAAAUUACUGUAGGCAUGUUCUUCCCUUUCUUUACAAAUAAAAUACAUGAAUUACUGAAACAUAGAAUGUCUUUCAGAUAGGAUUCUUGGCAAAAGUUAAGUAUUGGACUCCCCCCACCCUCGAAAUCUUGGUUGUAUUGACAGACUAAUUUGUAGCACAGCCCGAAGUCUAGCGUAGAUUGGAAGGUUAAACUUUGAUUGAGAGUUGGUGAAGUCAACAAAUGAGAAAACAGAGAAUCUGCUAGUGGUAGCAAAUUGACUGGUAGCGAAACCUAAUGUUUACAUUUGCAUCAUGU